AUGUUGGCGACUGCCACAUCCACAGAAGAAUCCUGGGUCUACUACCACGACGGGGGCAUUCCUGGCCGUCGAAAAGUCAGGACGGGCGUAGCAGCCAACCCUUCUUUCAAUGAGCUCCCCAAGAUUGACUUCCAGCGCAUAUACUCAAAUGAACUGUCAGAUCGUCAGGAGCUGGCCGAGGAGGUCGGAGUUGCCUGUCGAGAUGUAGGAUUCUUCUACGCCGUAAAUCACGGUGUUGAUCAAAACCUGCUGGAAGACACUUUCGAUGCGUUGAAGAGGUUCUUUGAUCUGCCACCAGGAGUAAAAAUGGAAACAUAUGAUCAAAAGACAGCAAAAUUUAGAGGGUAUGAAGCCUUUCUAGAAGGGAAAUUGGACCCCAGUACAAGAGGAGAUCUGAAGGAAGGUUUCCUCAUGGGCGAAGACGCCACAGAUCCAGAGCAGAACCGAUCCAUAACCCCCUCCACCGUAGAGCCGCGAAACGAAUGGCCAACCCACCCCUCGGCACUCUUCUGGCGACCGGCAAUCUAUCGCUACUACAACGCCAUGUACACCUUCAGCAAACGCCUUUUGCGCAUCUUCGCCCUCGCUCUCGAGCUCCCGGAAACCGCCUUUGACGAGAUAACCACCUCUCCCAUGACCAACGUCCGCGCCGUACACUACCCACCCCAGGAGCACGAAACCGACGUCGGCAUCGGCGCACACACCGACUUCUGCUGGUUUACGCUGGUCUGCCAAUCCGCCACCGCGCAGCCCGCGCUGCAAGUCCUCAACGCAAACGGCGUCUGGGUUCCCGUGCACCCGCAGCCGCACACGUUUGUGGUCAACAUUGCGGAUUUCCUCAAGCUGGUUACAGGCAGUACGUGGCAGAGCACCGUGCACAGGGUACGCAACACGGGCGGGGAGGAGCGCUACAGCAUGCCGUUUUUCUUUAGCCCGAAUGAGGAUGCCAGAGUCAGUGUGCUGGAGCGGUUCAGGAAAGCGGGGGUGUCGUAUGACGAGUUCGGAGUGGGCGAGUAUUUUCAAAAAGAGGUUAGAUAUCGAUCGUACGACCCAUCUUCGUGGCGAGGAGGCGGGGGAGAAGAGAGGGUGUUGAGGCUUGACUGUGCGGCUUUGGUAAAACGACGAUGA